AGCGUUCCCAAAAAUCCGAUGCCGUGCAUUCUCGGCCAGAUAACCCUGUCCUGGAUCGAAACCCGAGCACGACUGCUCCAGAUAUAAGUCAGCCCUACGAUUCCAGCCCUGGCCCAAUGCAGCUGCAGUGCCAGGAGAGUCAAGGUUGUACUGUACUUCGGACCCAGCAAUGUCUGAACCCAUGCGGCUCCCUAUAUCACGGCCACCACGCGCCGAAAGAACGACAACGUCGUGUGGAGAGUGCAGGAGACGGAAGCAGAAGUGCAACCAAGGCCAGCCGUGCAGCAAUUGCGCCAGACGCUUUCCUCAGCCGGUGUGCGAGUACAAGACUAGUAGUGUCACCAAGUGUGUCGUGUUCCCGUCACCACCACCGCAGCGCAUAUGUCUCGGUUACUUACCGAAGCUAAGAAGACGCCCGAAUGCUGCGGCAGUGCCACCACAACGGCCAGCCUUCCGCCCAUCUCUGUCUCCGCCGACCCUGACGAGGCAUCGGAAUCAAGGCUUUGGCGGCGAAGCCUUCCGCGAACUACCCGUCCCCCAACCAUCGCCGCUCUUGCCCGUCUGGAACCGACAAAGCAGCGGUGGCGACGAUGUGAACGAAAUCCUCUCGGGUUGGCUCGGAUUCGACUUCCCAGACCAGACCUCCAUACCGCUUGCCACGGGGCGGCAUGCAUGGAGCACCGACCAGCACAGCCUCUCCAUCCGUAUCAAUGCCUGUGGAGACGGCUGCACGGCGCACUCGGACGAGGUGCACGACGCCAUCCAGCUGCUCCUCGCCUACCAGUCUCCUCAGAACCCAUGGGCCAGCAGCAGUUGGAUCCCGGGUCACAGCGCCUGGACUCUGGUGCCGACAGCAUCUACGAGCGCCUGCGGAGUCUCCUGGCCGCUCAUAGACCCGGCCCAGGAGCUCGUUCCGAUGCCGGUGUCACAGCCCAUGCAAAAUUCGGAUCUUAUCUCCAUCUACAUCAAGUUCAUGGCUCAGUUCACCGCCUCGCUCGACGGGAAGCCCGAUUCUUCCAAUCAGUACAUCAAAUACUACGUCCCAUACUGCCUCAACUCGCAGCUCCUGGUGCACGUAGCGAUAUACUCGGCAGCCUGCUUCCUCACUGACACCGGCCAUGUUGAGAGGACAGUUGCCAUGGCCCACAAGGGGCAUGUGUUCAAGCUACUGAACGAGCACAUCCGGUCACAGGUAUCUGCAAGUGACGAGAUAAUAGCCGCCGUCGUCCAGCUCGUUGUGGAUGAAUGGCUCUGGGGUCAUACCAACGACGUAUGGGCACACCUGCGCGGCCUUCGGCAGAUGAUCAAGUCCCGGGGAGGUUUCCGCACGCUCGGACUGCAUGGCUUGAUUAGCAAGCUUGCCAUAACAUCCGACGUCGCGAUUGCCUUGUACUUCGAAGCAUCGCCCUUCCUACAAGGAGGAAGCGAGUUCGAGUUCCCGGACAACACGCAGAUCCCGCUGCGCGUGGCCCUCAGCACGCCGCUGAUCUCCUCGCUCGUGGCCUUCUCGUCCUGCUAUGACGCGCUCCACAUCCACCCGGCCGUGGCCUCCAUCCUCGACGACAUGCGCUUCCUGCUGGCCGCGGUCCUGGCGCUGCCCAAGACGCCGUCGGCCAAGGAGCUGCAGAAGGUGCACACCACGUCGGCCUGGAUCCACGAGCGCAUCUCGGGCCUCCCGGAAGACUCCCCGGCGGCACGGCGCCGCCCCUCCGCGGCAGGCUCAAGCUGCUCAGCCCCUGCCAGCAGGGGGGAGACUCCGGCCACAGAGACCGGAAUAGGAGAGCAGCAGCAGCAGCAGCAGCAACAGCAGCAGCCUUCAACCCGACAACGACAACGACAACGACAACGACCACCGAGAUCCCGCCGGACGUCAGCGCAACAACAUCAACACCACCAACAACAACAACGGCAAAACACUCGCCCUCCUACAGGACGAGAACCCCAACCACAACCCCAACCCCGACUCACCCCCGAACCAGACGACGACGACGACGAUGACGACGAUGACGACGACGACUCCUCCGGUCCAGACUACGUCUACCAAGCCGUCCGCCUCGCCGCACUCCUCUACAGCCGCGCGAUCAAAGACCGACGGCCCUUUAGCCGCGUGGUCACGCCGGCCGAGUUCCUCCGGCUGUGGACGACGGCGGUGUGGCGCGUGCCGCUCUCGACGUGGCGCUCGCUCCUGGGCGUGCUCAACUGGGUGCUGCUCCCGCUCCUGCCGAGCGGCAAGGCCGCGCAGCCGCACGACCGGUUCGUGAAGGCCGUGCUCAAGCUCAGCCUGUUUCAGAUGGGGUUGGAUAACUGGGAUAUUGCUAGCUCGGUCAUGCAGGCCGCGCUGAGUCUGCAGAGCUGGUUGGCGGGAGGGGAAGAAGGGUCAGGGGCUGGUGGGAAAUGAGGGAGUGGGUAGGGAAGGUAGAGGUGGGUGCCCGGGGGGGGGAGGGAGUC